AUUUUAGCUAAUGGUAAGACAAUGCUUAUUCCCUUCAUCACGGAUUAGUUGCCUUCUGUUCAUUCCCUUUUCUUUCCUCAAAACUCAUCAAUACCUUCAAGUUUGAACCCCAUUCUACAACAUGAGAGAACAAAUCGCGUUCGCACUCACACUGCUUGCCUAUCCUCUUUCGGUAACCUCUGUCUGCUACUUCCGAAAUGGCAGCAGCUCCAAUGAUCUCGAUUACCAAGAAUGUCCCUUCUUUAACACGGCCAUAGUUGGACACGAUGCCAGGAUGUGUUGCGCAACCAGCCGCGUAAAUCCACCAGAGGGCAAUGUCAGCUAUUCCGCUAUAGACGACUGCCUGCAGAAUGGACUCUGUAUAAAUACUGCAGAAGGUACACUUAUGAAUGGGACUAUAGCCAACAUCACACAGUAUCGGCGGGAUUUGUGCACAAUCCCAUGGUGGGAUGAAGGAUGCUUGGAUAUUUGUCCAGAUGCAAUUGAAACUGACACCGGUAGUGUCCGAAUGACCUCCUGUGAUGCUACACCAGAUUCAGAAGAAUGGUGCUGUGGUGCGAGGAACACAACUUGCUGCGGUACCCCCGAUGCAAUACACCUCCAAAACUUUCAAAGAAUAUCAACCCCAUUAUCAGACGGUGCAAAGGCCGGUAUUGGCAUGGGUGCUGGCGUGGGCGGUCUUGGUAUCAUAGCCGCCGUUUCGUUUUGGUUUAUGCGACGGCGUCGACAGAAGAAGACUGGCGAUACCAACAUGGAGAAGGCGGAACUGGCAGCAGAGGGAUAUACUGUGCGGGGUCCGCAGGAGUUAGGUGGACAUGGCAUGGCGCAUGAGAAACCGGCUGGGGUGGAGGAUAUAAGGCAUGAGUUACAUGAAUAUACGAUGCAUGAGUUGCACGAGGAUAUGAUUCAUGAGUUGCAUGGGGAGUGCUCUGGGCAGCAUGCAUCAUAAUGAGAAGUGCGAUACGGAGUACUAGGUGAAUAUUACAUCGCUAGGGCUGUUGAAUCAAAACUGAAUGGCCAGAGGAGCA